AUGUAUUCACUGCGACGGAAACCAUCAAUCAAACUCAAUGAAGAACUUAAUGGUAUGGCUAAACUAAAUGAAUUAUUAGAAAGAUUAGCUAGCAAACAGUAUGAAUUAAAAGAACAAUUUAUCAAUGUCAAAAAUAAUCAGAAUGAGAAUGUACGGUACAAUAUUGGACAAUUGACUGUAAGCAACCAUGAAGCCAAAGAAACAAUACUUAACAGCACAAAAUUAAUAAGAGAUUUAAUUCUACCAACGUUAGAACUUAUUUCAAAAUAUUUAUAUCAUUCAAAUAUGAAUGCAAAUGGUGUUGAUGAUGCAGACUUUAAACAUCAAAUUGAAACAAAACGAACAUUAGUCGAUUUAAUUUUAACAAGUAAAAAAGUCUUUAUAUGA